AUGUUCACAACAGUGAACAUCCCCAACUUGCAAAUAAAGAACCCAUUUGAGAUGGAAAAAUUUAGAAAACUGUAUUACAUUGAUCCUGUUAAAGAUAAACACAUGCUGGAAAUUAACUGGUCAUUUCCUCCAAUGCUAUUACAAUACAAGAAAAAGCCAUUGUUGUACCUGGACUUUUUCUUGGGUCAUGAGGGAGAAGACAGUUUACUAGCUCACUUGAAGAGCAGGUAUUUUGUCACAGCAGUGGAGAGUGGGCACAGCUACAAUGGAUUUGAACUGAACACCACAGCCACCCAGUUUGUGGUGAACUUGACCCUUACUGACAGGGGACUUGAACAGUUUGAGGAAGUUCUGCUGGCAGUUUUCCAGUACAUACACUUACUAAAGAGCAAAGGACCACAGGAGCAGUACUUUGAUGAGAUGAAGAUAGUGGAGGAAACCAAAUUUAGAUUUAAAGAGAAGGGAGAUGCAAUGGAUUAUGUGGAGAAAGUCUCAGAAAACAUGCAGAUAUUUUCCCCUGAGGAUGUUUUAACUGGCAGAGAUUUAAUGUAUGAAUAUGACCCAGAGCUGAUUGUUAAGUGCCUGGCAGAUCUAAGGGCAGACAACUGUUGUAUUUUCCUAUCGUCCAAACAACUGUCAGAUAAAUAUGACAGACAGGAUAUCAAAUGGAGUCCUGUAAAGUAUGGAGUGGCAGAAAUCAAACCUGAAUGGAUUCAAAAAUGGCAAGACCCACCUAAAAAUCCUGACCUUUGCUUACCACAACCAAACAAAUCAAUAGCUACAGAUUUUACAAUAGCAGAGGUGGAAGCAAAGUAUUGUACAAAGCAUCCUAUAACUCUGUCAGAAAAUGAGUUGUGUACAUUGUAUUACAAGAAAGAUAUGAAAUUCAAAGUGCCAAAAGCUUAUGUGUGUGUUCAGUUGAUGUCACCAGUGGCCAGCCAAUCAGUGAAGAGCCAAGGUCUGCUGAAAAUAUUUGAGGCUGUGAUGAGCCAUAAAUUGGAUGCCCCUACAUAUCCUGCUAUCAUGGCUGGCUUUGACUACUCAAUCAAUGUGGAUGAUACAGGACUUAAAUUCAAAGUGAAUGGAUUUAACCAGAAAUUGCCUGAGCUGUUUGAUCUACUUCUGACAGCUGUAUUUGACUAUGCCUGCAAUGAUGAGUUGUUUCCCAUCAUGAGAAAUAAAGUGAAGAGGGAGAUUUUUAAUGCCAUCAUCAGACCAUCUGAACUUGUCAGAAUCCUUCGAUUUUCUGUGAUAGACCCCUACUACAGGCCUGCACCUGAAAUAUACAGUAUAAUUGAUAGUUUGACCAAUGAGGAUCUUCGACACUUCCUAACAGAGUUCAGACAGAGUAUAAAAGCAGACAUCUUAGUUGUUGGCAAUGUUACACCAAAGGAGGCAACUUGGUAUAAAGAGAGAGUGGAAUCAAAAUUAUGUGGAAAAGUGGAACCUUCUAAAAUGUACCAGAGAAGAUUGUACCAGAUUCCUAAACAGUGGAGUUACUGCCAGACAAACAGCUUUAACAUGGAGGACGCCAACUCUAGCAUCACAGUGUACCUCCAGUCUGACCCCGGGGAUAUCAGGUCAACUGUCAUUAACGAACUCUUAGAUUUAAGAAUGCAGGAGCCCUGUUUUGAUGUAUUGAGGACACAACUACAGCUGGGUUACACUGUAUACUGUCAGAAUCUGGUCACCAAUGGCAUCAUGGGACUCGCUGUAAGAGUCCAAUUUCAAGCUCAGAAGUUCACAAUGCAUGAAGUUGACAACCAUAUUGAGGAUUUUUUGAACAAGUUCAAAGAGAUCUUGGAUGAAAUGUCCAAAGAGGAAUUUGAUACUUUGGUGGAGUCUCUGAUAGCAGCCAAGCUUACAGAGGACACACAGUUAGAGGAGGAAGUCAACAGAUACUGGGGGGAGUGCAAGGAACAAAACUAUGUGUUUGACCGACUAGAGAAAGAGGUAGCUGUACUGAGGGUAUUAACAGUAGAAGACCUGCGGAACUGGUACAAACAGUAUCUGGGCGAAAACCAGAAACGGAUAAGCUUUCAGGUACUUGGAAACCCAGAAGUGGAACAAGCUGAUGGGAAGAGUGAUGAAGUGGAACCUCCCCAGAAGAAAGCUAACACAGACAAAUGUAAUAGAGAACAGAGCUAUGUUGUGAGACCUGUCAAAGACUGUAACUACCCAGAUCAUCAAUGUAUCAGUGACAUACAGCACCUCAGAUCUAAACUCACAAUGUUUGACUACCACUGUAUCACAAAAUGAUGAAGGUUGAAGAUAGGUACAAUGAUCAAUGUUAAAAGAAAGGGAGGUGUGGGGGUUUAGUUCUGUUUUAAUUGUUUCAAUAUUUUGACCUUUUAAAGAAAAGAAACUAUCAUUCAGGGAAGUGGGACAUUCAGUCAUUGUGGUAAUUAAGCAUGAAAUUAUUUUAUGAGGGAAUGAAACAUGGUGUAAGAUAUACAUGUACAUGUACCACAAAGAAACAAAAAUCUUUCAAAAAGUGAAUACAGUUGAACUUCGGUAUCUCGAACACUGAUAUCUUGAAUGCCAUGUAUAUGUCAAAGUGAAUUGGAAGUCCCAACCACUUAUUCUUAAAGUAUUUAACCCUCAAAUACUUGGAUAUCUCGAAGUUUUUACCUGGUCCCAUUGAGUUCGAGAUAACGAGGUUUGACUGCAUUUUAAAUCUUUAUAAUAUACCAAAACUUUACAUAAAGGAGACUGGAAUAUGGUGAGGGCAUCAUAUCACUGAUAAAGAUUAUUCAUGGAUGACAUAACGUGUGGAAAGGUACAGCUUCUGGACAGUAUAUGUAGCUAUAUAAUCAUUCUUUGUAUUGACAUUGAGAAAUCUAAUAAAAUUUCUAAAUGAU